AAAACAGAUGAGUAUUCCGAGGACGGGAACAUAAAAAGAUGUGGAAACGAGGGUUGUUUUUUUUUCCUUCUUCCUUCUUUGAAUGUGCCAUCGAAGCUGCAUAGAGGAAACGCGAAUGGAGGUCGCAAAGAGGGAGAGGGGAAACCUCAAGUAUGGAAAACGAAAGCAGUUAGUUUUAGCGCGGAGGUCAAUCUAUUGGGUCGAAUGCGAAAAAAAAAAUGUGGGUCACUGAAUAAAGUUUAGCAACUCCUUUUUCUUGGUAAUAGAAAUAAUAUUGAGGGGAGAAAAAAGUAAGCAUAUAAAUGUACUGGAGAGGCGAUGAGGGAAAUUAGGACACGAAUAGCGUAUUUAAAGAGAAAAAUUCGCAACGAAAAACAUAUUCCUCCACUCGUUUGAUUUGCAGUUCCUGACAGAAUGGAAAGUUCAGCUUCGACGAGCAAUGACUGCAAAGUGAAAAGACACAUUAACUUGCUUGACGACGAAGAUGUGGAAUUGAAUAAUCCCCACCGUAAAAAAGCAAAGAGCUUCGAUUUAGAUUUAGCAAGCGAAGAGAAAAAAACCCUCUUCCCAUCGUACUCAAUACAUCUUGGUCGUAAUCUUGUCAUGGAACUCAAGGAGUUCCGUGGAUCUCAUUACAUCGGCUUAUCCAGACAGACCUCCAAUAACGACAUCAAAAAUCGGUUUAAUAUCCCGCUCGAAAUGCUGGAUACCUUGAAACAAGCCUGCGAGCACAUGAUCAAUCACAUUAAACGCAAUCGAGUGGUUUAAAAAAAAAACGCUUGUUUUUUUAAAUUUAAUUGUAUUAUUUUUAUUUUUUUUUUUUUUCAUUUUUCUUUUUUUGAAAUCAGUGUGUUAUU